AUGGGUCGCUGCAGUUUCUCGUCGGACGACAUUGUGAUAAAGUCUCCUAAUGACAAGAAACUGUACAGAUUGAUUACGCUUGAGAAUGGCCUCACUGCUUUGCUCCUUCACGACCCUGAUAUUUACCCACAACCCGGGCACACGCUAAAGGGAGGUGCUUUUCAGACCAAGAAGGCAGCAGCAGCAAUGUUUGUUGGAAUGGGCAGCUUCUCUGAUCCUCCUGAGGCACAGGGGCUUGCACACUUUCUAGAACACAUGCUUUUCAUGGGGAGUACCAAGUUCCCAGAUGAAAACGAGUAUGACAGUUACUUGUCCAAGCACGGAGGGUCAUCAAAUGCAUGCACGCGUGAAGAGAAUACAUCGUACCACUUUGAAGUGAAACCAGAGUUUCUUAAGGGUGCUUUGACAAGAUUUUCUCAGUUCUUUGUGUCACCUCUAAUGAAAAGUGAAGCCAUGGAGCGAGAGUUACAGUCUAUAGAUUCAGAGUUCAACCGGGUUCUGCAAAACGAUUUUUGCCGCCUUGAACAACUUCAAGGUCAUACAGCCACACCUGGUCACCCAUUUAAUAAUUUCAGUCGGGGAAAUAAGAGAAGCUUGGAUGAUGCAAGGGAAAAAGGGAUAAACUUACGUCAACAAAUAAUGCAAAUGUACACAGACUAUUACCAUGGCGGAUUAAUGAAGCUAGUUGUCAUUGGUGGAGAAUCUCUUGAUAUACUUGAGCAGUGGGUUUUGGAAUUGUUUGGAGAUGUCAAAAAAGGUCCCCAAGUUAACCUGGAGUUCAAAGCUGAAGGUCCUAUUUGGAAUGUUGGAAAACUUUACAGGCUAGAGGCCGUUAAUGAUGUUCAUAUACUCCACUUAGCAUGGGCACUUCCAAGUCUUCAUCAACAUUAUUUGAAAUGCCCAGAUUAUUUUUUAAGCCAUCUUCUUGAGCAUGAGGGCAGGGGAAGUCUGUAUUUUUAUCUCAAAGCUAAAGGAUGGGCAACAUAUCUCAAUGCUUCGGUGAACCGCUAUUCUGUGGCUGAUGUCUUUUGCAUGAUCAUAUACCUUACUGACUCUGGAUUGGAGCAGAUUUUUGAGAUAGUUGGCUCGGUGUAUCAAUACAUUAAAUUAUUGCGUCAAGUAUCACCUCAAGAAUGGAUAUUCCGGGAACUCCAGGAUAUUGGGAACAUGAGUUUUAGAUUUAUGCAGGAUCAGCCCCAGGAUGAUUAUGCUGUAAAACUUGGAGGAAAUUUAUUACGCUAUUCAGCAGAACAUGUUAUUUAUGGGGACUAUGUGUACGAGACUUGGGAUAAGGAAUUGAUAGAAUAUGUUCUUGGCUUCUUCAGACCAGAAAACAUGAGGAUUGAUGUGAUAUCAAAGUCCUCAUUCAAGUUGGAAAAUUUCCAGUGCGAGCCUUGGUUUGGUUCACAUUAUACUGAAGAAGAUAUAUCUCCAUCUUUGAUGAAUUUGUGGAAGGAUCCUCCAGAAGUUGAUAAUUCAUUGCAUCUCCCUCUAAAGAAUAUGUUCAUUCCUGGUGAUUUCUCCAUCCGUUCAGAUGUCUGUUGUCCUGAUAGUGCAAAUAUAUCUUCUCCAAGAUGUAUACUUGAUGAACCAUUGGUGAAGAUCUGGUACAAGCUUGACAGUACUUUUAAACAACCACGGGUAAAUGCAUACUUCCGCAUAAAUCUGAAGGGUGGAUAUGAUAAUGUGAAGAGUUAUGUUUUGACUGAACUGUAUAUUGAGCUUCUUGAGGAUGAGCUGAAUGAAAUAGUAUAUCAGGCCAAUGUUGCCGGGCUGGGAACUCAUGUAAAUGGAUCUAACGACUUUAUGGAGUUGAAGGUUUACGGUUUCAACGAUAAGCUUCCAGCUUUAUUGUCAAAAAUUCUGACAGUGACCAGAAACUUCUUGCCAACAUAUGAUCGUUUCGAGGUUAUCAGAGAAAGAAUGGAGAGAAUGUUAAAGAACACUAAUAUGGAUCCUCAGAGUCACUCUUCAUAUUUGAGACGUCAAGUUUUGUACCAUAAAUAUUAUGAUGUAGAUGAAGAGUUGCAAGUUUUGAACAGUUUGUCUGUUUCUGAUAUGAAGUUGUUUAUUCCCGAGCUUUGUUCCCAGCUUUACAUUGAAGGCUUUUGUCAUGGAAAUCUGGUAGAAGAAGAGGCACUUCACCUUUCCAAUAUAUUUAAAACCAAUUUUACUGUGGAACCACUUCCUAUCGAAUUGAGGCAUAAGGAUCAUUGUAUGUGCCUUCCUCCUUCUGCUAACCUCGUUAGAGAAGCCUGUGUGAAGAAUAAUUCUGAAACAAACUCUGUCAUUGAGUUAUAUUUUCAAAUUGAGAUCGAGUCCACCAGAUUGAGAGCAUUGGCAAAACUUUUUAUGAAAAUUGUAGACGAACCACUUUACGAUCAGCUAAGGACGAAGGAGCAGCUUGGUUAUGUUGUUUGGUGUGGCCUGCGAGAAAUAUGUCGUGUAUAUGGCUUUGUUUUCUGUGUUGAGUCGUCUGAGCACAACCCAAUCUACUUGCAAGGGAGAGUUGACAACUUUAUAAAUGGUGUGGAUCUAUUGUUGCACGGACUGGAUGAUGAUUCCUUUGAGAAUUAUAAAGAUGGACUAAUAGCAAAUCUAUUGGAAAGAGAUGAAACACUCGGACAUGAAACGUCUAGGCUUUGGGAGGAAAUUACCAAUAAAAGGUAUACAUAUGACUGGCCAAAAAGGGUAGCUGAAGAGGUCAGAAGCCUUCAGAAGGAGGACAUUAUUAACUUCUACAAAACCUACUUGCAACCAUCAUCUCCCAAGUGUCGGAGACUUGCAAUUCGUGUUUGGGGUUGCAACUCUGAUUUGAAAGAAGCUGAAGCACCACCGGAGUCUAUACAACUCAUUCAGGACCUUGCAGCCUUUAAGAUGUCAUCUGAAUUCUAUCUUGGAUAGUUGUGAAAAUUUGAGGACUCAUUGCAACGGUGCUUGGUUGAAUGUUACCAAAAAAAAAAAAAACCAACCAAAUGCUUGGACUCUGGUUAUACCACCUUUUGGGUCUUGUAGUUGAAACCGGCACUUCGCUGCAUUGAAUGGCAAUUUUGUUCAUAUAUACAGGUCUCUGUAUGUACCUUACUGGAGACAAUAAAUAACAUUCAGCCUCCUUGUUAUCUUUUUGCCUGUAUCCUUC